CCUCUCCCCAUUCUGCCCCGCGCGUCUCUCCUUCGGCAUCGCUGUCAAGCCAUCGCGAGGACACUGAAUGAACCUCGUCGCUUUAAUCUCAUAUCCUUCUUACCCCGCCCACACCUGUGCCCUGCCCUCCUCGACACGCGCGUGAGCUCCACGUGCACCUUCGCCCGCCAUCGCCCGUCCCUGCAUCCGCCAGCGACCCGUGCCCACGCCCUUCGCCUCGCUCAUUUCUUCAUCACCCACACCCCUGCUUGCAUCAAGCCAUGUGGGAUUGCUGGCGAAGGUGAGGUGAAGGCGACACUAUGUCGCAACCUGUCGGAGGGGAGGAGGCCAUACCACGCAUUCCAUCGCCCGGCUCGCUGAAGCGCAAGCGCGAUGCUGCCGCCCAUGCCUCCUCCACCUCCACCUCCUCACCCGGUGGAGUUUUGAAUGGUGCCAAGCUCACAAAUGGCGCACCGCCGCCGCCGCCGCCCGCUUCUCGCCCUCUUCACCCACCUUCCUCGGACCUGCAAGGCACAAAGCAAUACCACUCACCAGACUCUGAUGAGACACAGCCUUCAGAGUCGGGUGACUUGCUGCGCGGUCUUGGCUCGGCGAGCUCCUUGACCAGCACCGCCUCCUCCGUCUUCAGCAACAAUAACAACGCCUCCGCGCACACUCGGCACGUGUCGACCACCAACGGAUUGACUCCGCUCACCAGCCACACCGACUCGUCGCCGGCCAAAGGCAACAGUCCUCACGUCUCCGCAGACAUGGCUGCCCGCAAUGGCGCCUUUUCCAUUCCCUCCUCACACGGGCCACUUGCCUCAGCCCACACUCCUGACCUCAGCGCACCCCCGCUCCUAGAGCGCCGCGCCAUGCUCCCUCCUCCCGGCAAAGCGAAAGGGUACAGAGUGGUUUGGGAUCCCGAACUCGACGGCAAGCUCAGCAAGGAAGAGCGGAAGCGGGCAACACCGCGGAAGAAGGAAUUCGGCACAGAGACAUACCAGCCCGAUCCUCCUCCGGAUCCUCGACUAGCCAUUCCAGGCUACAUGUCAGGGAAUUGCCGGCCCAAGACACACGCGAGCAAAGCCAUUCUGCGCCUUGCGCCGUACAACGUGGCGCCAUACAAGCGCGACGACCGACAUCAUAUUGGCCCUGGUGAACCGCAGCAGGUCGUAGCCAUUGGAUUCGACCCAUUCCUUCCCGAGUCUACUCUCAGACUCAACUUCGGAACAUUUGGCAGCAUUGCGAGUGUGCAAAACAAGACCGACCCCGAGACGGGUAGCUUUCUUGGUAUUGCGCUGAUCAAAUACCGGGAUGUACCAGAGAUGCCGGCCGUGGCGGCAGCAAAGCGAGCAGAGGCUGAGUUCAAUGGCGGAAGAAUUGGCUUGCAUACGCUCAAGGUGGAGCUCGAUCGCGAAGGCCGGAAGUGCAAGCGACUGGUCGAGCAAAUGCUGAAGCGCAUCAGAGGGGACAGGGCGAAGGAGCGAAGCGCGUAUGAUGCUCCUCCUCCACCUCCGCCGGCAGACUCGGCGCCACCUCCGACCGACUCCCCCGCACCACCUAUCAAUGCGCCGAAAGGCCCAUCCGCGAAGAAUGCCGCCAAGGCGCCUGAGGGGCCAAAGGCGGUAGCACCGCCCGCGAAUCCGAAGUCUGCUGCUGCAGCACUGAUUGAAGAUGAGCCCAUCUUGAGCAAGAUCAAGCGGAAGCCGUACAUCCACGUCCCACACAGCUCUGUGCCCGUGCUUGGUACAACGAUCCCGCAUUUGAAGAAGCGCUUAAAGGCGUACGACUGGCGCGAGGUUCGACUGGACCGCACAGGCUAUUAUGUCGUCUUCGAAGACUCUAAGCGCGGCGAGGAUGAGACCGAGCGAUGUUUCGCCGAGUGUAACAAGGCCGCUUUGUUCACGUACAACAUGGAGAUGGAGUGCCAGAAGUAUGGCAAUCCGAACUAUGAGCGCAGCCCCAGUCCGGAGCGCGUCCUAGUGGACAAGAAGAAGCGGGAACACUUUGAGCGAUUGCAGAAAGAGGAGGCGGAAGAUAUGGAGAUUGAGAAGAGGAACCGAGCGGAGAAUCUGGAUCCAGUGCACGGGGCUUUGGAACAGCUGCGUGCGGAGCUCCGAGACAGGAUCAUGGGCGACAUCAAGACACGCAUCGCGAUUCCCAUCUUCCACGAAUGUCUGGAACCCUCCAAACACAGCGCGAAACGAAGAAAGCAUGGCUUGUCCGAUCCGUCUGACAAUGAGAACAAAGCGCCUGGGCUCCUCUUCUCCAACAAAGACCGCGGCGACGCUUCACUCAAAUCGCGCUUCAACGCACACUCCAAACCUUUGCGACCGCACGAUCCAAACGCGCAGCGUGGCAGAAAGGGCGAAAGGGACAGCCGAGGCCCUGCGAAUGCUUUCGUGGACGAGAGGCGGAGACGGCCGGCGCCCAAGGCUUCGCACGCACGAGGCUUGCACUACCGAUUGCAGCAGAUGUUUGCGGACGACGAGGAUUCGGACGACGAACGACAGACCUCUCUCACGCGCGAUACCGAAGACCAGGAAAGUCGGCCGAUGAGCCGCACAAGUCGUACAUCCACCCCCUUCGACACGGAGUCCAUGGCCGACACGCCCAAAUCGAAGCGCAGAAAGGUGGCCGCGGAUUGGGACGAGGCGGAGGAGAAGGAGACGUUCGAUGCGUUUCAGAAGAGCACGCUUGGUCAUUUGCUGCAUAAGGAGCCGGAGGACCUUGCUUUGCGCGAGCUUGAGCUAGUUGUCAACACGCUGCCGCGAACCUCCAAGUAUGGAUCGCGGGCACGCACGGAGCUGUUCAUUCGGCAGCGCAAUAAGAGGGACGAUGAUCUCUUCCAGGUUGGCCUGCCAGAUGAGGCCUUCAUCGACGAUACUGAAAUGCCGGAUGCCGAGCUAGAAAGCACGCCUGCGGCCGAAGCCGUCAAGGAGAAGAGUGUCAAGAAGAAGCGCAAGACGAAGAAACAGCUCCUGGAAGAGCAGGAGGCGCUCAAGAGUGAGGCGAAGGCGGCCAAGGCUGCUGGGAAACAAGAGGCGCUGCUUACCGCCCGGAAGCUCGAGCAGAAAGCGCGCGAACUGGUGGACUAUGUGGAGUUUGAGCCGACGAAUGUGCACCUGCGCUUCACGCACGACAAGCCCCGGCGAACGGUGGAGGAUGAUGAAGGGCUUGUUCUGGAUAUCGACGGGUGGCAGGAGACCAUCAAGGACGAUGAAGAUCUGGCCUUCCUCCGCAAAGCGCUGGUUGAAGAAAUUUCCUACGACAUUGGCGACGCCAAACUGUGGGCCUGGAGGCAGAAGGAGAUCAAGACGCUCAACUCUGGCAGUACCGGCCCCGUGCAAGGCGAGACUGGCAUUGACGGCUACUACGUCCCCAAUGCCACCGGCAGCGCACGCACCGAAGGCAUCAAGAAGAUCCUCAACGAAGAGAAGAGCAAGUACCUUCCACAUCGCAUCAAAGUGCAAAAAGCGCGCGAAGAGCGACAAGCGCAAGCGAAAGCCGAUCCCAACGCCGCCGCCGAAGCAGCGCGCAUCGCAGCGGCCGAAAGCUCCGCCAUGAAAGCCACCUCGCGCACAAACCGCGUCAACACGCGCCGCCUGGUCAACGACAUCAAUUUCCAAAAGCAAGCGCUCAGCCACGCAAACGCAGGCAACAGCGACGCCGACGUCGCCCUGCGCUUCAACAUGCUCAAGAAGCGCAAGAAGCUCGUCAAAUUCGACCGCUCCGCCAUCCACGGCUGGGGCCUGUACGCGCAGGAGAACAUUGCCGUCAACGACCUCAUCAUCGAGUACGUGGGCGAGAAGGUGCGGCAGAAGGUGGCGGAUCUGCGCGAGCUCAAGUACGAUCGCCAAGGCGUCGGGUCGAGCUAUCUCUUCCGCAUGAUGGACGACGAGAUUGUGGACGCGACGAAGAAGGGCGGCAUCGCGCGCUUCAUCAACCACUCGUGCUCGCCCAAUUGCACGGCCAAGAUUAUCAAGGUCGAGGGCACGCCGCGCAUUGUCAUUUAUGCGCUGAAGGAUAUCUGGAAGAACGAAGAACUCACGUACGACUACAAGUUUGAGCGGGAAAUCAACUCGACCGAUCGCAUCCCUUGUCUCUGCGGCUCGGCGAACUGCAAGGGUUUCUUGAACUAGACUUUUUCUCCUUCUCACGGCAUGCGGCGCGAAAGGGGUUGGGGGGACAGAUGGAAGAAAAGGGAAAGGGUGGGGCGUCUCUUGCGUGAUGCUUAGCCUAUUCACGAGCGAAGGGGGGUUGCUUUUUGGCAUUGCAUUGUGGCGUUUUCUUGAGGGAUGGGAGGCAUCUCGGCGAUGCUUCUGGGGGAUGUGUCUUGAGUAUGAGAUUGGCCUUUGAGGGCAAGGAGAGAGGGAGAGGAAGUGCGAAGACGAGUGGUGGAUGUUUCCACUAGACAGUCUGCGAACUACCGAUCGCAUUGCGAUCUUCCCAUCUGCAGCUCAUCGAAUGUGCCACCAUAGUCUGGACUGUGUGGGUGUGGGUGGGUGAAGUGAAGCUGCAAGGUACCGUUUUAAGCCGCAUGACGGGCAACUCCACUCCACCUCUCGCUCAGCUGUCGAUCACCUCGUACGCAACGCCAA